AUGGCACUCACAACGCCCCACAUACCGACCUACUACGACACCAAUGUCACCUUCACAGGCCCAACAUCUUCAGGCAACGCAACAGUCCACUGGGUCACAGCCGGAGCGCCCAACCUCCCCACCAUCCUCCUCUUACACGGCUUCCCGACUUCAUCAUACCAACACCGCGAGUUCAUCCCCCUUCUCUCCGACUCCUACCAUAUGAUCGCCCCAGACCUCCCCGGCUUCGGCCUAACAACAGUCGACGACGACUUCAACUACUCCUUCGACAACCUCGCCGCCGUCAUAACCGCCUGGCUCCAAACCCUGGCCCUCACCUCCUUCGCCCUGUACAUCUUCGACUACGGCGCCCCCGUAGGCCUCCGCAUCGCAACAGCCCACCCCGACUGGGUCAAAGCCCUCAUCUCCCAGAAUGGCAACGCCUACAAUGAAGGCUUUGGCCAGGAGUUCUGGGCUCCCGUCUUCAAUCUCUGUAACUCCUCAAAUGCCGAGGCCGAUCGUCAAGUCUUGCGCGAGAAUCUAUUAACCCUAGCGGGGACGGAGUAUCAAUACACCGCUGGCUUCCCAGAGAGCGAUCUGCAUCUAAGGAACCCGAGUUCGUGGCAUUUCGAUUAUCUUCAGAACAUCGCCGGACCUAAACAGACGGAAAUCCAAGUCGAUCUCUUCUACGAUUAUCGUACGAAUGUGGAAGCAUACCCGGGUUUCCAUCAGUAUUUCCGGGAUUCGGAGGUUCCGAUCUUAGCGGUAUGGGGCAAAGGCGAUCCAGCGUUUAUACACCUCGGCGCAGAAGCUUUCAAGCAAGAUUCGCCGGAUGCUACUGUGAGGUUUGUUGAUGCGGGACAUUUUGCGUUGGAGACGAAGAGGUGGGAGAUUGCGAGGAUUGUCAGGGGGUGGUUGACGGGGAUUGGGUAUUGA